AUGGCGAGUAUUGAGCCGAUUAAAGAUAAGAAUGAAAAUUAUGAUGGAAAUAAAGUGACGGGCUUGCCCGCUGUGAAGCAUGAAGAACCAAGCAUGGCAAAACCUGAGUUAGUACAACAAAAAUUAAACAUGAAGACGGAUGUAAUCUUAAGAGUGGUUCCCCCAUUCCAAAGUGAAAAUGUAUCAUCGGAAUCACUCCCAAAUGAAUUGGAUCCUGCAGAUCGUGGAAUAGAUACUAAUGAAAAAAGUAGUUUGUUGCGUGACUUUCCGUGUAAAUUCGAGUAUACCCAAUGGAGUUCAUGCUCAGCAACAUGUUAUAAUGGUGUAAACUUACCAAGAAAAAGUCGAACUGUUAUAAAAGAUUCAAUUAUCAGAUCACGAGGAAAGUAUGAACCUUGUCCGCCAGAUUUAAUUCACAAAGUGGAUGUGGCACCUUGCAAUACUUACAAAUGUCCAGUGUUACUGUCGAGUUUCCCUUUCCGAAAAGAAUGCUACUUUCAUAGUAAAGUGAAUGGAACGGAAAAUUCUUGCUAUCAAAUACGUGAUGUUCCUUUAGAAGAUACUUUGAUAAUGAUAGACGCUGAUCUUAUCAAACAAUGUUAUAGUUGUUCUGACGACGUUUUAGAAAUUUAA